AUGGUGCCCAUUAUGCAGCCCUUUAUGGAUGUGGAGAGCUCUAGAUCGUAUGUCGAUGAAUUAUAUUCGAAUGAUAUGGAUAAAUGUUUACAAGCUAUCAUAUGCUUAAAAAACUCAGUGAUUGGAAGUAAUCGACAAAAAGGUACUGUAAUUUCACAAGGGGUUGUUCCCAGAUUAAUACAUCUACUCAGUGAUCCUAAUAUUCCUGAUCCUGUAAAAAUUCAAGCUACUGUUACAUUAGGAUCACUUGCAAAAGGUACUGAUGAGCACAUUAAAGCUUUAGUUGAUUUUGGUGUUGUUCCUCAUUUGCUUAAUGGGUUAGUCAGUAAUGAUGUCAAAUUAGUAGAAUAUUGUCUGUGCUGCUUGAGAAGCAUAUUUAAAUCUCAACAUGCCCCAGUAGAUUUACUUUACUACGAUGAAAAUCUCACUUCACAUUUACUCAGUUUAGCUCUUCAAUCAGUUUCGAAUCAAGUUUGUGUAACCACAGUUUUGGCCACAGCAUGCAAAACUGCAGAAAGGCAAGCACUUUUAUGCAGUCAAGGAGCUGUAGGCACUUUGGCAGCAUUACUUCUUUCGUCACAUUAUAAAGUUCAAAUGCCGACAUUGUGUUGUUUGGCAAAUAUAACUUUUCAAAAUCCAGUAGUUUCUUCAGUAGUGGCCACUACUAGCUAUAAUGGUAAAAGUAUUCCUGAACUGGUAGUCGCUCUGACAGGUAGGUCAAGACCGACAGAUGUGCAACUUGCGGCUGCAAAAGUUCUUGCAAAUCUUCAAAGAGCUGGUGCCAUUCCUGCUAAUGAUUCUAAAAUAUUAUACAGGGCUUUACCUUGUUUAGUCAGACUUUGUAAAGAAGAUUGUCCUCCUGCUCAAAGAGUUGAAGCUGCUGAAACGUUAGCUUUUUUAACUGAAGUUGACAUGGAAUUACAAAGGUUAGCUUCCAUAUCAAAUCAUUUAAUACCAACUUUGGCAGGAUUAUUAAGGGGAAUGCCAUUAGCCUCUGAUCACAAAUUGUCGCAAGACAUGAAACAAGCAGCUUUUAGGGCUUUUGCUUCUUUAGGAGCCAAUGAUGAAGACAUUCGAAAGCGAAUCAUUGACACGGAUAAUUUAAUGCAACACGUUGUUGCAGGUUUAGAGGAACCUAGUCCGGGAGUUCAAUUGGCUGCUGUCAGAUGUUUACAUUCUCUAUCUAGAUCCGUUCAACAAUUAAGGACAACAUUUCAAGAUCACAGAGUUUGGCAACCAUUGAUGCAAUUAUUAAAAGGAGACGAUGAUAUUUUAACGGUUGCGUCUUCCACAUUGUGUAACCUACUAUUAGAAUUUUCACCUUCUAAAGAACCAAUAUUAGAAUCGGGUGCCAUUGAUCUUCUUUGCGAUCUUACAAGAAGACCUGAUCCUGCUCUAAGACUUAAUGGUAUAUGGGCUCUAAUGAAUAUGGCUUUUCAAGCUGAGCAAAAAAUCAAAUCUCAAAUUUUAGUAUCAUUAGGUACAGAUCAAAUAUUCAGAUUACUUUCCGAUAGCGAAGUUAGCGUUUUGAUGAAAACAUUAGGAUUGUUAAGAAAUUUACUCUCUACGAAGCCUCAUAUCGAUCAUAUAAUGUCCCUCCAUGCUAUUCAAAUCAUGCAGGCCGUCAUUUUAAUUUUAGAAGGAAGUCAUAGUGCCGAAGUGAAAGAGCAAGCUUUGUGUAUUUUAGCAAAUAUUGCUGAUGGCGAUUCCGCAAAAGACUACAUAAUGGCAAAUGAAGAUGUUUUAAAAAAGCUAACCGAUUACAUGAUGCAUUCUAACGUUAAACUUCAAAUUGCUGCAGUUUAUUGCAUAUCAAAUUUGGUUUGGAGAGAAGAUGCCGGUGCAUCUGAACGUCAAGUUCGUCUUAAGGAUAUGGGAGUGUAUAAAUUAUUGCAACAAUUAAUCAUGACAUCCGAUACGGCUUUGUUCGAUAAAGUCAAAACUGCCAUGACACAGUUUUCGGAAGCAUGA